AGGCACAAGCGCUCCGUCCCUUCCAGCGGCAGGCGGAGGGAAGAGAAAGGGUCUGUUGUUUUUCUCUCCUUGUUUCUCUCUCCCUCACUGCUGAUCACCAAGCUGCUGACCAGAGAGAGAGAAAGAAGAAAAAAGAAAAACCACAAACUUCCUUUGAAAACCAGCUUGCAGUCUGGGCCUGGAGCGCAUGCCCUACACUCAGCGACUCAGGAAUCCUGAAGACGCUCUGAGCCACUGGGGAGCACUUGGGCUGAGCCCCUACCUCCCCCUUGGUGCCCCCGGUUGGUUGUGGGCGUGAGUCCGGAAGUGGCCAAGACCCAGUCAGGACUGCCGCUCAUAAACCCGUAUAAACGUGUGUAAGCUCUGGUGUUGACAGCUGGAAGGCAGCUGGGACCGUGGCGGGGCCCCUCCUUGUACCCACCUACCCCAUCGAAUUGCCAGAGCUGAACCCUCCUUCUCAGUCCUGGACCAGCACCUACUUCUUUAAGGAAAGCUGACUCCGCCCGAUGUCUUCAAUCCCAGAGGAAUCAUCCCUCCCAAGCCUGAAAGCCCUGUGCCCUCAUUGGUCCCAUCUGGUCACAGGAAGUUAGAGGUGAAAGAGCUCAGCCUAGGGCCCUUCUGUUUACCCAAGUUGUACUGCCCAGAAGUGACUGUACAUAAGACACUAUCUAGCCUUCCACACUAUGUUCCUUUUCCAAGACUUUUCUGGAUCCAUUUGCUUUCCAGCCCAAUGAUUUCCUUCUUCUUGGAUCAGUCUCCCUUUUGCAUACCAAGCCUAGAUUAGGCAAGUCCUGGAGGAUAGUAAAGUCCUUUGAUGCUCCUCAGUUGACCCGUUUUGACCAUGGAACACCAUCACCCUGAGCAUCCAGCCUCUGAUAAGGCCAGGACUGCAGAAACAGUCAUCCCUGAAAACCAGGAGGUCCUGUCAGAAGCUGAUGAGCACCCUCAGGACAAGGAUGCCGGAGAUGCUGAUGGGGCUGCCAGAGAACAGGAUCCAGUAGACCAAGCUGCACUGCUGUCCCAGGGCCAGGAUAACCUUGAGUCCCCUCCACCUGAUGCUAGCUCAAGCCAAGUGAGGCCAGCCCAGGGGACGCAGCCUGACGUAGAGACAAUAGGGGCAUGCACCAGGCCCCAGGAACUUCCCCAGUCCCCCAGGGCCCGACAGCCUGAGCUAGAUUUCUACUGUGUAAAGUGGAUCCCGUGGAAGGGAGAGCGGACACCCAUCAUCACCCAGAGCACUAACGGCCCUUGCCCUCUCCUUGCUAUCAUGAACAUCCUCUUUCUUCAGUGGAAGGUGAAGCUGCCACCUCAGAAGGAAGUGAUCACAUCAGAUGAGCUCAUGGCCCAUCUUGGAGACUGCCUCCUGUCCAUCAAGCCCCAGGAGAAGUCAGAGGGACUUCAGCUUAAUUUUCAGCAGAAUGUGGACGAUGCAAUGACAGUGCUGCCUAAAUUGGCCACGGGUCUGGAUGUCAACGUGAGAUUCACAGGUGUCUCUGAUUUUGAAUAUACACCCGAGUGCAGUAUCUUUGACCUGCUAGGCAUACCUCUGUACCACGGCUGGCUUGUUGAUCCACAGAGUCCUGAGGCUGUGAGUGCAGUUGGGAAACUGAGUUACAACCAGCUGGUAGAGAAGAUCAUCACCUGCAAGCACUCCAGUGACACCAACCUCGUGACCGAAGGCCUGAUCGCAGAGCAGUUCCUGGAGACCACCGCGGCACAGCUGACCUAUCACGGACUGUGUGAGCUAACAGCCGCUGCCAAGGAGGGUGAACUUAGUGUCUUUUUCCGAAACAACCACUUUAGCACUAUGACUAAGCACAAGAGUCACUUGUACCUACUGGUCACCGACCAGGGCUUUCUCCAGGAGGAGCAAGUGGUGUGGGAGAGCCUGCACAAUGUGGAUGGAGACAGCUGCUUUUGUGACUCUGACUUUCAUCUAAGUCAUUCCUUAGGCAAGGGACCUGGAGCAGAAAGUGGGAGUGGCUCCCCCGAAAAGCAGCGGCAGGUAGACCAGGACUACCUGAUCGCCUUGUCCCUGCAGCAGCAGCAGCAGCAGCCACAAGGCACACUGGGGCUCAGCGACCUGGAGCUGGCCCAGCAACUUCAGCAAGAGGAGUACCAACAGCAACAAGCACUCCAGCCUGCGCCAGCGCGGGCCCCGUCGCCACAGGGGAGAGGAGCCAGCUCCGGACGCCCAGCCGGGGAGCGUCGGCAGAGACCGAAGCAAGAGUCUGACUGCGUCCUCCUGUAGCCUGCUCGGUGCCACGCUGCCCAGCCCCUUCUUUCAGAGGCGAUGGUUAUUUUGCUUGCUCCCCCCAGCUCAACCCCUGAGAUAUGCAGGGUAACUUAUUUGUGGACUCUUGGGGAUCCAAGCAGGCAGUAAAUGCCGAGGUCAGCCUCAGUGACGUCCUUGCCCUCAUGUGCUGCCUCCUUCUCUUCCCCCCAAUCAUCCAGGGCAAAGCUGGGGUUGGUGGGGUGAGGAUUUCUGAUUCCCAACUCCCUCCCCCCAGACUAGUCACACUAAUAUACAGACUCAGGCUCCAGGGGGCAGUCCUUGUCUAGAAUGCAUCUCCCCUACUUCCCACCCUUGCCUGGCCAGAUCCUCCUGGCUAUCCUGCAGGCCUGUCUCUGUUUCAGGGUUUGAUUUGAGUUUCUAUAUCCAUUAUUUGUAAUGCCUUCCUAGGGAUUUGGAAAUAAAACUUCUUUCCUGAGA